AUCUCUGUGUCUCCCCCUCCUGUGUGUCUCUCUCCGCUCCCGGGGUCUCCCCGGCUCUGCGCGCCCCCUCUCCCGUGUCAGAGGCCGCCCGGAGGGGCCCGCAGGCGAUGCGCGGCGCCGGUGGCCCCCGCGGCCCUCGGGGCCCCGCUAAGAUGCUGCUGCUGCUGGCGCUGGCCUGCGCCAGCCCGUUCCCGGAGGAGGCGCCGGGACCGGGAGGGGCCGGCGGGCCCGGCGGGGGCCCCGGCGGGGCGCGGCCGCUCAACGUGGCGCUCGUGUUCUCGGGGCCCGCGUACGCGACCGAGGCGGCGCGCCUGGGCCCGGCCGUGGCGGCGGCCGUGCGCAGCCCGGGCCUGGACGUGCGACCGGUGGCGCUGGUGCUCAACGGCUCGGACCCGCGCAGCCUCGUGCUGCAGCUCUGCGACCUGCUGUCGGGGCUGCGCGUGCACGGCGUCGUGUUCGAGGACGACUCGCGCGCGCCCGCCGUCGCGCCCAUCCUCGACUUCCUGUCGGCUCAGACCUCGCUGCCCAUCGUGGCCGUGCACGGCGGCGCCGCGCUCGUGCUCACGCCCAAGGAGAAGGGCUCCACCUUCCUGCAGCUGGGCUCGUCCACAGAGCAGCAGCUCCAGGUAAUUUUCGAGGUGCUGGAGGAGUACGACUGGACGUCCUUUCGCAGCGGUGACCACGCGCGCCCCCGGCCACCGGCCUUCCUGUCCUACAUCGAGGUGCUGACGGAUGGCAGCAUGGUGGGCUGUGAGCACCGCGGGGCCCUGACGCUCGACCCCGGAGCGGGCGAGGCCGUGCUGGGUGCCCAGCUCCGCAGCGUCAGCGCCCAGAUCCGCUUGCUGUUCUGCGCCCGCGAAGAGGCCGAGCCGGUGUUCCGGGCCGCGGAGGAGGCGGGCCUCACCGGGCCUGGCUACGUGUGGUUCAUGGUGGGGCCCCAGCUGGCUGGAGGCGGCGGCUCGGGCGCCCCGGGCGAGCCCCCUCUGCUGCCAGGAGCCCCACUGCCCGCCGGGCUGUUUGCAGUGCGCUCGGUCGGCUGGCGGGACGACCUGGCCCGGCGUGUGGCGGCCGGCGUGGCGGUGGUGGCCAGAGGCGCCCAGGCUCUGCUGCGUGACUACGGCUUCCUUCCAGAGCUCGGCCACGACUGUCGUGCCCAGAACCGCACCCACCGCGGGGAGAGUCUACACAGGUACUUCAUGAAUAUUACCUGGGACAACCGGGAUUACUCCUUCAAUGAGGAUGGCUUCUUGGUGAACCCCUCUCUGGUUGUCAUCUCCCUCACCAGAGAUAGGACUUGGGAGGUGGUGGGCAGCUGGGAGCAGCAGACUCUCCGCCUCACGUACCCGCUGUGGUCCCGCUACGGCCGCUUCCUGCAGCCUGUGGAUGACACACAGAACCUCACCGUGGCCACGCUGGAGGAGAGGCCCUUUGUCAUUGUGGAGCCGUCCGACCCAAUUAGUGGCACUUGCAUCCGAGACUCCGUGCCCUGCCGGAGCCAGCUCAACCGCACCCACAGCCCUCCCCCGGACGCCCCCCGCCCGGAAAAGCGGUGCUGCAAGGGCCUUCUGCAUCGACAUCUGAAGCGGCUGGCGCAGACCAUCGGCUUCAGCUACGACCUCUACCUGGUCACCAACGGCACCGGAAAGAAGAUCGACGGCGUCUGGAACGGCAUGAUCGGGCGAGGUGAGGUGUUCUACCAGCGCGCCGACAUGGCCAUCGGCUCCCUCACCAUCAACGAGGAGCGCUCCGAGAUCGUGGACUUCUGUCCCUUCGUGGAGACGGGCAUCAGUGUGAUGGUGGCACGCAGCAAUGGCACCGUGUCCCCCUCGGCCUUCCUCGAGCCCUACAGCCCUGCCGUGUGGGUGAUGAUGUUCGUCAUGUGCCUCACUGUGGUCGCCGUGACCGUUUUCAUCUUCGAGUACCUCAGUCCCGUCGGCUACAACCGCAGCCUGGCCACGGGCAAGCGCCCCGGAGGCUCAACCUUCACCAUUGGGAAAUCCAUCUGGCUGCUCUGGGCCCUGGUGUUUAAUAACUCGGUGCCCGUGGAGAACCCCCGGGGGACCACCAGCAAAAUCAUGGUGCUGGUGUGGGCCUUCUUCGCCGUCAUCUUCCUCGCCAGCUACACAGCCAACCUGGCCGCCUUCAUGAUCCAGGAGGAGUAUGUGGACACCGUGUCUGGGCUCAGUGACCGGAAGUUCCAGCGGCCCCAGGAGCAGUACCCGCCCCUGAAGUUUGGGACGGUGCCCAACGGGUCCACGGAGAAGAACAUUCGCAGCAACUACCCGGACAUGCAUAGCUACAUGGUGCGCUACAACCAGCCCCGCGUAGAGGAAGCGCUCACUCAGCUCAAGGCAGGGAAGCUGGACGCCUUCAUCUAUGAUGCGGCUGUGCUCAACUACAUGGCCCGCAAGGAUGAAGGCUGCAAGCUGGUCACCAUCGGCUCGGGCAAGGUCUUUGCCACGACGGGCUACGGCAUCGCCCUGCACAAGGGCUCCCGCUGGAAGCGCCCGAUCGACCUGGCUCUGUUGCAGUUCCUGGGGGACGAUGAGAUCGAGAUGCUGGAGCGGCUGUGGCUCUCCGGGAUCUGCCACAACGACAAAAUCGAGGUGAUGAGCAGUAAGCUGGACAUCGACAACAUGGCGGGGGUCUUCUACAUGCUCCUGGUGGCCAUGGGCCUCUCCCUGCUGGUCUUCGCCUGGGAGCACCUGGUGUACUGGCGCCUGCGGCAUUGCCUGGGGCCCACCCACCGCAUGGACUUCCUGCUGGCCUUCUCCAGGGGCAUGUACAGCUGCUGCAGCGCGGAGGCCGCCCCGCCGCCGGCCAAGCCCCCGCCGCCGCCGCAGCCGCUGCCCAGCCCCGCGUACCCGGCGGCGCGGCCCGCGCCCGGCCCGGCGCCUUUCGUGCCCCGCGAGCGCGCGGCGGUGGACCGCUGGCGCCGCGCCAAAGGUGCCGGGCCUCCGGGGGGCGCGGGCCUGGCCGACGGCUUCCACCGCUACUACGGCCCCAUCGAGCCGCAGGGCCUGGGCGUGGGCGAGGCGCGCGCGGCGCCCCGGGGCGCGGCGGGGCGCCCGCUGUCCCCGCCGGCCGCGCAGCCCCCGCAGAAGCCGCCGCCCUCCUACUUCGCCAUCGUGCGCGACAAGGAGCCGGCCGAGCCCCCCUCCGGCGCCUUCCCCGGCUUCCCGUCGCCGCCCGCGCCCCCCGCCUCCGCCGCCGCCGCCGCCGCCGCCGCCGCCGUCGGGCCGCCGCUGUGCCGCCUGGCCUACGAGGACGAGAGCCCGCCGGCGCCCGCGCGCUGGCCGCGCUCCGACCCCGAGAGCCAGCCCUUACUGGGGCCCGGCGCGGGCGGCGGGGGCGCGGGGGGCGCGGGCGGCGGGGCCCAGGCCGCGCCACCCCCGUGCCGCGCCGCGCCGCCCCCCUGCCCCUACCUGGACCUCGAGCCGUCGCCGUCGGACUCGGAGGACUCGGGCCUGGGCGGCGCGUCGCUGGGCGGCCUGGAGCCCUGGUGGUUCGCCGACUUCCCCUACCCGUACGCCGAGCGCCUCGGGCCGCCGCCCGGCCGCUACUGGUCGGUCGACAAGCUCGGGGGCUGGCGCGCCGGCAGCUGGGACUACCUGCCCCCGCGCAGCGGUCCAGCCGCCUGGCACUGCCGUCACUGCGCCAGCCUGGAGCUGCUGCCGCCGCCGCGCCAUCUGAGCUGCUCGCACGACGGCCUGGACGGCGGCUGGUGGGCGCCGCCGCCCCCGCCCUGGGCCGCCGGACCCCCGCCCCGGCGCCGGGCCCGCUGCGGGUGUCCGCGGCCGCACCCUCACCGCCCGCGGGCCUCGCACCGCGCGCCCGCCGCCGCCCCGCACCACCACCGGCACCGGCGCGCCGCGGGGGGCUGGGACCUCCCGCCGCCGGCGCCCACCUCGCGCUCGCUCGAGGACCUCAGCUCGUGUCCCCGCGCCGCCCCCGCGCGCAGGCUCACCGGGCCCUCCCGCCACGCGCGCCGCUGCCCGCACGCCGCGCACUGGGGGCCGCCGCUGCCCGCCGCGCCCCACCGGAGACACCGGGGCGGGGACCUGGGUACCCGCAGGGGCUCGGCGCACUUCUCCAGCCUCGAGUCCGAGGUAUGA